UCUUCUCGAUUUAGGGUCAAAGUGACGGCGUAGAACAAUGCAGUCGUUACAAAAACUCGGACUGGCACUGACCUUAGUGCUAAUUUUGUGCCUCGCCCAGAGUAUUGUGGAAUCAAAAAGAUGGAAAAAGUCACUGCAAUUGAAUCUGCACAGGGAAAAAAAUCACACUAAAAUCCUAAGGAGCUUCGAAAACCAAAAGCUGAGACUUAAGGAAAAGCUGAACCCAACCGCAGAUACAACUUUGACCUCGCUUUUGGUAUCCGAAACAUCCGUGUCAAAAGACUUCUUAUUCAACUCUCAUAAUACAGAGUACUAUGUUACAGCGGAUAUUGGUACCCCCAAAACACAGCAGGUCACUCUUCUUCUAGACACGGCUUCUGCAAACCUAUUGGUUUAUUCCUCGAAGUUCGUAGCAACAUCCUGUUCACAACACAAUGGGUACAACUCCAGUAAAUCCCUGACUUAUCAGGCCAAUGGAACAGCCUUUGAGAUACAGUUCGCAUCGCAGGACGUACUGACGGGAAUUCUUUCCUCGGACACCUUUACAUUAGGCGACUUGUCAGUUAAGAAUCAGACCUUCGCUGAAAUCAAUACAGCGCCUCAAAACCUGUGUAAACGCUCUAAUUUCGAUGGUAUCCUUGGACUGGGACUUCCAGAGAUAGCAAUUGAUGGGGUGACGACCCCUCUGGAAAAUAUUGUGGAACAAGGACUCAUCGAUGAACCCAUUUUUUCGGUCUACGUCAACCGAAACGAUUCUGAUGCCAGUAAUGGUGGAGUGUUGCUGCUUGGAGGAUCGGAUCCCACUCUUUAUAGAGGAUGCCUGACGUAUGUACCACUUUCCAAAGUGGGCUUUUGGCAGGUCACCGUGGGCCACGUUAAGAUAGGAGGUAAGAAGCUAUGUUCCAACUGCCAGGCCAUCUUCGACGUGGGAACUUCUUUGAUAAUUGUUCCGUGCAAGGCUCUUAAAAUAAUAAACCAAAAACUGGGCCUUAAGAAAACUGACUUAAAAAAUGGAGCAUAUAUCAUUGACUGCAAAAAGAUUUCAAGUCUGCCGAAUAUCGUACUGAAUAUUGGAUGGAAAGACUUUACUUUGACCCCGUCCGACUAUAUACUCAACUACAGUGGAACAUGCGUAUCUGGUUUUUCAAGUAUCUCUGACUGCAAUGGCGAUCAAACCAAUGAUGAUGGCGAGGAUUUGAAAGAUGUCUGGGUGUUGGGCGAUGUGUUCUUUGGGGCCGUUUUCAUACUCUUUGAUUUUGGCCUCAAACUCAUCGGCAUAGCUCCUAAAGUGUAAACAAGUAUCAAUGAUAGAGCACAAUAAUAUUUUAUUGAGGAAUUUCUUUUCUAGUUGGUGGUGGGCAGGAAUUUCUCAGAAAUUUACUUAUUAUAAUGGAUUUUUUCUAAAUUGUUUAUAUUAGUUUUAAGGAUAUUUGUAAUGUUUUAGAAAUAAAGUGGUUGUGGGGAAAAAAAAA